CUACAUGCUGCUGUACUGCAGGGAGAAGGAUGACAGCACACGGCCCAGAGACGCCCUGCUGACAGACCAGCCUAUGAUCCGGCGCUGCCUAUACAACAAGCAAGAGACGAACACGCGUGUGCUGGCAGUGCUCCACCCCUUGCCCCUGCGCUUCGUCACGGUCAGUAGGGACGGCGUUCUCACCAUCUGGAACAGAAACCUGAACCCCCUGAAGUCACUGGAGCUCUCAGGGGACUCCGGUGACGAAGGGGAGCACAGGAGAAGGCUCAGGUACAGAACCACUGAUGCCGUGUACCUGCCCAACGUCCACAAGAUCGCCGUGGCGACCAGCAGCAGGGAUCUACACUUCUUUGAUGUCUCAACAGGCAAUGUUUUUGAAGAGUUUGUCCUGUUUGGAAUAAAAAAUAUACCAACCUCCCUUUCCUACUGGUUUGACACAAAGUCUCCAGGACAUCCAUCUCUAUUGCUGUGGGGGGACGAUGAGGGGGCUGUGAGUUUGCUGUGGUUCCUGCGUCCUGAAAGAGGGCUGCUUGAGAUGCCCUUCAGCAAUGGAAAUGGCUGCCGAAGAAUCUUCAUGCAGGACAUUGUUGUUCACAGCCGCCUGGCGUCCUAUAAACUCAUACCUGCUGUACAUCAAGAGCCCAUCAAUAGGAUUGCUUAUGACCCCCAUGCAGACCUUAUCAUUACAUCAUCAGGAAGUGCCUCAACCUCAGUGGUCAUCAUAGAUGCUUCCCAGAAGAAGAAAUCUUACAUCUGGAAAAUCAACAAGGGUGUCAAAUGCUUUGACUUCUCCAGGUCCCUUAACUUGCUGGUGACAGCAGGCAUGGACUCAUUUGUGAGGCUGUGGAACCAGUACGCGACUACCUGUCCAAUGGCUGUACUGAGCGGACAUCACAAGACUGUGCUGGAUGUGGCCAUAUAUGAACCCCUGGCACAGAUCUUCAGCUACUCCAUGGAUGCUGUGCUGAAGGUGUGGGACAUAGUGUCACAGCACUGUUUGAGGACCCUGCUGCUGAAGUUCCCCUGUGUGCUGGCAGGGCACGAUCUGGAGCACGGCAAUUUCCCUUUCCUGCUGCUGCCUGCUGCUCCCCAUGUGCUGCUGGUGUCCUGCCGGGACUCCCUGGGCCUGCUGCGCUUACAGCACAGGGACUCAGGGGGGGUGGAGCCCCUCACCCACAGCACCCCACUCACUGGGGCACUCUACAACCCCCUCUUCAAACAGGUGGUGACAGGGUGUGCUGGUUCCUCUGUGGCUGUGUGGGAUGUCGAGACCGGGACAAAAUCCCUCAAUCUGAAGAAUGCUCAUGGGCAGGAGGAGAUCACCUGCAUAGCCUUUGACACCUCAAAACAUCAAUUCAUUACUGGGGCACGCAAUGGCACCAUCAAGGUGUGGAGCAUGCAUAAUGGAUGCAAUACUCACAAGCUGGAGGCUGUUGCUGUGGCUGAAGUCACAGGGGUCGUCAGUCUCCCUGACAACAAGCUUUUGGCUGUGGGCUGGAGUCAACAGAUAGCUCAGUACAGCGUCACAAACCCUAAUGAUAUCUAUGUACAGGCAGACAUGUCCUGGAAGUCUGGUCAGCUGCACAAAGAUGAUAUCUUGGCUGUGGAUUACUGCCCAGCCCUGGGGCUUCUGGCUACUGGUAGCUUUGAUGGAGAGAUGAUCAUCUGGAACCUGAGCACUCAAAGACCCCUACUCUACCUACAGAGAGCACUGUGCACCAGGGGGCAUCAUGACGUUGUCGAGGACACCUUGGGGAAGACCAGUGCUAAAGCAGGCCUUAUUCAUCCCAGCUCCUGCUGCAAACGCACCUCGGAGGAGGGGAGGCUGGCUCCAGUGGACAAGCUGUUGUUCCUGCAGCAUCGAGCACGGGGAGGCCAGUGUAGGAGCAGGCCUCUCCUCGUCAGCUCCGAGGCGGGGCACCUCUGCUGGUGGAGCGUCACUGGGCGCAGACACGGGGUCUUUUACGCCCCUGAGAAGGCAGAUGUGUGUGUACUGGGGCUGAGCUCCGACCAGGAGAACCAGCUCCUCGUCUCUGGAGACACGGCUGGCUCUGUCCAGGUGUGGGACAUCUCACAGUUCGCUCUGGAGGCAGGUGACCAGCCAAGCCUAGACCGACCCCCUCUCCUGCACAGUUGGCGGGCUCAUGUCAGCACAGUGGUCAGUGUAGAGCUGCUAGUUCACAGCGAACAGCUCUUCGUUAUUAGUGCCUCUGCUGACCGGACCGCCCGUCUGUGGACCUGUGAUGGCCGCUAUGUGGGCUGGUUCGGGCAGGAGCAGAAGUGGAGUCUAUGUGACCCGACAACCUAUCAGCAUCCGAGAGGCCCUUGGGGCCAACAAACAGAAGCUACAGAGGAUGAAAAUGAUGAAGAGGAGGAGGAGAUGGAACGGGGCAUAACAAAGAGAUCCCAGGGGAACGCUUCGGCGUCUGAUCAAGCCAGCUCAGGUGUAGGAUCACUAUCACCUCCUCCAGUGGUCCCCUGGGAAACACAGACCACUGCCCUGAGCCCUUCUGACAGCCCUGCACAGAGAGGGAACCCUUCAGACAGCCCUCCACGCAUAGAACACACCAAGAUUGCACUGGGGCAGGUGGAGAAGGAUCUGCAGAGAAAGGCAGCUGCCAGGCAGGAGUGCCGCAAAGCAUUUGCCCACAUUGACAUCAACAAGCUUUCCCGUGGCAGCAAUAUCUGCGCUCCAUUUCAAGCUCUGUCAAUACAGGAGUGCCAGGAGGUGCCGUAUCCUGGCAGUUUACCCCUGACCCCCUGGAAGAUGAUACUGAAGUCAGGGAGGGAGGCUGACCUGAGUCUGCUGUCUCUGACCAGCCACAGCCCAGAUGACCAGGGAGGAGAUGAUGUUUGAGCUAGAGUAGAGUCACCACUGGACGAUGCUAGGGUGGGUUUGGGGCGGUAGAAUAGCGUAGGAUGGAGGCAGGAGAGUUGUUUACUGAAUCUCAGGUCACCCCAGAGGACAGGCCAGCUGGGCAGCACCUCUACAGUGGUCCCCUAUGAGGGCAGAAACAUCAUCCGCCUGAUUAUGUUCUUUAUUUUGCAGCUUGAAGAGUGCCACAAAAUGGAUGUUCAAAUAAUUAAAGCCCAGUGACGAUGCUGAGUGAAUACCUCUAUUAAGCAGAUAAUGAUCUGAAGGCCCAUGUAUGUGUUCUGUGAGGAGCAAUCAAAGGCAAUGCCAAUUAAAUUGCAGUUAUGUUAUUGCACACUGUGAACAAUGAGGGUGAAUUCAUUAG